AACUACAGCAUUAUACACAUUGGACCUUCCUGCUGCUUACAGGCACUGAUGGAUAUGAGUCAGGAUGUCGACCUUCAUUGUCCGCCCUUCCAAUUCGGACAAGGAUCCUUUUCGUGUCCGGUUGACUGCCGUGUCAAUGCUAUCGCUAAAAUUGAAACCCGGCGACAUAUGUGAGUUGCGCAAGAUUGACGACAGCGACACGGGUCGCAAGAAGUUGGCAAUAGCCUGGGAGGCUUCUGGUGCUGGGAUGAAGGACACGGUCGUGCAGACGUCGAAGUUGCUCCAGGAGGUCUUCAGCUUCAAAUUGUCCGACAGGAUCACGAUCGGAAGGUCGUCACGGUCAAUACAGGACGCCAGCACGUUCGUCUUGCAAUGUUGCGAUGGGGAACUCAACGAAGCAGAGGCCCAAGAUUAUUCGGUCUACGCAAAGCUCACCCUUCGAGGCAAAGACGCUUUCUUGGUGUUGGACCAAAAGAUCCUGUUCCAACUUGGCGAUCACGACAGAGGGUUUAUUGUCAAAGAUAUAUCGAUAAACGACGACAUGAUUGCUAGAGUUACUCAACGGACUCGAUUCCAAAUCACCAACGCUGACAGCUCCCCAGGAAGUAUUCAAGGGCCCAAGAUCGAGUUUCAGGCCAAGAGUAUGGGAGGUUUGGACAAAGAGAUUCGUCAAAUUCAAGAUAUUGUCCAAGACCUGUGUUCGCCGAGUGAGAAGGACCAUCUACCGGCGUACGAACCUAUACAGGGUAUUCUUCUGUACGGAGCAAAAGGCACCGGCAAGACGGAGUUGAUCUCCUUAUUGGCUUCUGCAGAAUGGUCAACGGUCACAUACUGGGAGCCCGGGACUCAAAUCCAGAUAUCAACACAGCCUCAACUUGUCAUCAUCCGGCCUGAAUAUCUUCUUCAGAACGUAGCUGGGUCGGUCAGCGUAACAGGAAAGCUCGACAAUUUGUUUCAGCGGAUUCGGGGCAGCCCAACACUCAUAGUCGGAGAAGCGCGGCAUCCAAACGACAUCAAUCAGUCACUCCGGUCGGCCAAGAGGUUGGGAUGUGAAAUCGAACUCCCAAUCCCUUCAGCUAUUCAAAGAAAAGAGAUCUUACAGGCAUUUCAUGAGGGUGCAUCUGCUCUUAAUGAUAACAUCUUACAGGAGAUGGCGGACAGGACACACGGCUAUGUCGGCGAUGAUCUCUACGCUCUUAUGCGACAAACAAUCAAGUUGACUUAUGAUCGGCUUGGCCUGAGGGAACUAUCUCUUCAAGACAUCCCGGAUACCAACCGCGCAGUUUCAGAUGAUACAUUGUUAAAGCCUAAAGGCCCAAUUGUGACACUCGAGGAUCUCACCGAAGCAUUCAAGUAUGUUCGGCCUUCCGCUCUCCAAGAAAUUUUUCUUGAGAAACCUAAGGUCCGAUGGUCAGAUAUAGGCGGGCAGCACUCUACUAAACGCCAACUACAAAACGCUGUUCAGCGACCACUCAAACAAGCAAGCCGGAUGGCGGAGUUUGGUCUCCAUCCGAAAAAAGGCUUACUCCUAUAUGGGCCACCAGGUUGUUCGAAAACCCUCUUAGUCCGUGCUCUUGCAACAGAAGCUGGGACAAACUUCCUGGCAGUCAAGGGAGCCGAGUUGAUAUCCAUGUAUGUCGGUGAAAGCGAACGAGCCACUCGAGAAGUGUUCCGAAAAGCCCGCGCAGCAAGCCCCAGCAUCAUCUUUUUCGACGAGAUCGAUGCAAUUGCCUCUCGGGGCCGGCAUGGGAGCGAUCUGAACGUGCUCACAACGCUACUCAAUGAAAUGGAUGGGUUUGAGGAGUUGAGAAAUGUGUUUGUUGUCGGCGCGACAAACAAGCCGGAAAACAUUGAUCCUGCCUUGAUGCGACCGGGGAGAUUUGAUAAUGUGGUGUAUAUUGGCCCACCAGACUAUGAGGCGAGAAUAGAGAUAUUCCAUAAGCGCCUAAGUGUGAUACAGUACAGGCCUGAUACGGACCUGGCAGAAGAGGUGGAGGAGUUUGCCAAAGCCACAGAAGGAUUUUCUGGGGCGGAGGUGGUUGCCAUAUGUCAGGAGGCAGGAGAGGUUGCAUUCGACACCGACCGGGACAGUAUCAUUGCCGACGAUGUCAGAGUAGCUAUCAAGACUACCCCGAAGAGCAUUACCAAGGAGAUGAUCAACCAAUACGAAAGGUGGAACGCUGCGAGAAUGCGGUGAAGGGAUUCUUUUUUGAAGCGGAUACCCUGAUUACUGAGACUUCAGUGUCCAUCCACCUUGAGGAUCUCGAGAUAUCAAGAUGAUAAAAUAUUGAGAAGCAUCCUAUCAGCGUUGAGGACCUACCUGACCGUGCUUACCCUGUUUCGAGAUUUGGUAAGAACGACACACCGGUUACGACCAGAUCAGCUCGAAGAACACUUUCAGAGCCUCAUGCAUUUACCCAGGACAUCAUCAUACAUGUGCGUUUAGGCAACCAAUUGAGAUGGAAUGAUCCUUCCAGUAACACCAUUCUCUUCUUCUGAGACUUGCUGUUACCAUCCUCUAACUUCGACUUGAGGGAUUUUGUGGCCAUCCAGAGCUUGUUUAGCACCACCUUGAGUUCAACGGCAUCUUGGACUGCAGCUACUCCUGGCUCAUAGCAUACAACCUCCACAGAUAGUCAAUGCACGCGAAGCGCGUGUGCGCAUCAAGUGCCUCGCUUACAAGGCCGACCUCAUU